AUGACUAGUUUAGAUGAUACAAUAAUUUCGUAUCAAAAUUUGAUGUUACUGGAUAACAUGACUAAUUACAAUAAGCCUGCCAUUGACUAUUUCCACCAUAAGUUUAAUGACGCAAGCCUGGAAAUGCCAGCUUCAUGGACACUGUUAUUGAAGAUGCGUAAACACAAGUUACUUCGAUUACCAAGUUGCUCGCUGGAGGAUUCGCUUGAUUAUAACAUGUACCUCGUUAGAUUACAUCAUUGCCUGUGGAGGCGUUGGUCUAUAAAUCACUAUGGCUUACAGAACUCCAAGUCUGACCCACUUUCCAUCAACUGGAACAAAGAAACCGAUGUAACGGUGUUGUAUGGCCCGGAUCUAACUAACAUAGAUAGUAUCGAAGAUAAAAUGUGGCCCAAACAGCACAAUGGUGACCAAAAACAGUCAAAAACUUUGAAGUCUGCAUUGAAAAAAAAUGCGGAGUCUUGGAUAGAUGAGGAGGUGGAUGAAAUUAGCAGCUCUAUAGACGACAAAGGUACUUUCCUAGAACUGGAAGACGUAUCAUACGCAUCUUCCGUUGAUUCGCACACAUCUUCCAUCUUUGACCAACACCCUACAUGCACUAAAAUUUCCUCAGUAGAUGAGGACACCGAGGACUUUGAACACGAGGAGAAAGUCCAGAUCCCUCGGAAACUGAAAUUCGAUCAAUCGGUGAUGAGGAGAGAGAUUGACUCGAAGGGUGUUAUUCGCGAAUCUCUUGUCAGCAUAAACGAUGUUUCUCACUCCCGUCACCAUCGUCGUCACCAUCGUCGUCAGCAUCACCACCACCACCACCAUCAGCAAGCCCCCCGUGCCGAUGAAAGAAUGAAAGAUGUGCAUUCUGAGUUUGACAGCUAUACAUUUGGCGCUAUCGAAGAUGACAUUUUUUAUAGGAAUCAGGUUGUUUUUUAG